CCUCCACUAACUUCAUUCCCACGCCGAUAACUCCAUCAUGAAGAUCUCUCUGCUCCUCUCCUUAGUCGCCUGCUGUGCCCUCGUCACGGCUGAGAAUGACGAGGACCUCAAACGGCCCAGCACGAGCGCCCUGGGCCUCAGCAACGGGCUUACGUGGGGCGACUGGGGCCCUAAGGAGUUCUGUCCGGACGGCAGCUUCGUCCACGCCUUCGACACUAAGUACGAGACCUUUUCGUCAUCGGACGAGACUGGCCUGAACGCCGUCAAGCUCUUCUGCAGCACCCCGGCCCACCACGACACCGGUUACGUCACCUCCGUCAUCGGGGAAUACGGGGACUGGCAGGGCAUGAGGAUCUGCGAGAACGGCUUCGCGACUGGCAUGCGAGGUCAGGUCGUCCCCGAACAAGGCCUCUUUACAGAUGACCUCGCUGUGGUGAACCUUGAACUCACCUGCAACUACGGCAACGAGACUCUGGUUGGGGUUGACCACGCGUCUGAUCUCGGUGUCUGGAGUGCACAGACUGCUUGCAACGCUGGUUCUGCAAUCUGUGGUCUGGAGGUUCGUUAUGAAAAGCCAAACGUGGGUGACGAUUCUGGAGUUACCGACUUUGUCUUCUUCUGCUGCGCCGUCUAAGACUUUUCCUCUCCCUCUCCUCUACCAUUUCCCUUCUCCCUCCUUUCUAAGACUGUAUUUUUCCCCCAGUCUUUAUUCUUAUCCACUUAACUGUAAAGCUAUAUCUCAUUUUAUUAUGUAUCUUUUUCCCCUAGAUUUUUUUUUUUUUCUCUCUCUCUCCAGUUCCUUCAUUUCAUACUUUCUCUUAUUUCCUAAUAUUCCUCCUUCUCUUUCUCUCUCGUUUCCCUUCCUUUUCGUUCGGGAUCCGUGUGGAUAAAAAUCCCUGAUUCCGUUUUCUGUGCUGUUUGACGACAUUGCCUUUAUUGGGACAACUAUUGUGAUAUGAUAAAUAAAUAGAUGGUUGUGCU